CAGUACAAAAUGACACUACUUACAAUACAAAACAGUAAGCUUGUAUUACAAAUCAAUGAAUACAAAAUAUACAAAUCACAAUAUAAACUAUACAAACUAGACAAACAAACAUUACAAAUUACAAUGUAUACAAAUUAGUGAUAUAAAUAUUACAAAUAUAAUAGAUAAAAAUGACAAACUAAAAUGAUAAACGAUACAAACCGAAUUGAUACAAAAUCACAAAAUAUACUUACAAACAUUACAAAAUCGUCCGACAAACAUAACAAAACAGAUGUCGUCGCCGGAACAUCGUCGGAAAAUCUUCUCCGCCGUCGAAACUCUCUCUCUCUGCGUGCUGGGCACCAAAAUUGGUGGGACGCACAAAAACACAAAAAGUGGACGGGCCUCUCUUUCUAGGUGAUGGGUGCACCAAAAUUCUGGUCGACGCAAAAUGGGCCGCUGGACGGUGGGGAGGACGGCAUAAAUUCUGGUCAGCGGGAAGGGCGGGAAGUGCCAGGUAGUAGAGAGAUUUUUUUUUAAUUUUUAAUUAUUAAAAAAUAAACUAAUCAUGAAUCAUGCACUUACUACAUUACCCUUCAUUAAAUUGAAUUAAUUUGAGCCAUUAAAUUUUAAUGAAGUUGAAGAGGUGCAAUUAACUUAGACAAGUGACUAUAGGACCCCUUAGGACUUAGUCACCUGAUCUCAUCCGUAGCUAACCCUAAUUAGCAAUUCGUAAUUAGUCAGAGCUUCUCUCCGAAACGGCGCCAUAGAGUUCAAUCGUAGUCUUGAGUAGCUUGACCUACUGGCCUUCAGAUAUAAACACAAACUAAACUGCCGUAGGAAGAAGAAAAAACCUUACCCAGAGCGUCAAAAAAACUUGCGACGGCCGGCGAUGAACCCAAACAUCCCAGAGGAGCUGAUCACCGACAUCUUGUGGAGGCUUCCGAUCAACAAGCCAUCAUGCGUUGCCCGAUUCCGCUGCGUCUGCAAAUCAUGGUGCGCGCUCCUCUCGAAUCCCUCCUUCAUCCUACGAGAGGAUCCAUUGGACUCUGAUCUCCAAAUCCUGAUCAAUUUCGACAACGAAAACGACGAGCCAGUUUACAGUUUGCUCUCUGCCGACACACUCGAUCCCCUCCUUCCUUCCCCUGUUUCGCUGCCCUUCAAUGCGGAAAACCCCCUCGAACAUGGUGGCCGGAUUAUAACAAUUGCAGGGUCCUGUAACGGCCUGAUUUGCAUAUCCCGUGACCGCGACGGUCUAAUUCUUUGGAAUCCGGCCACCGCCGAGACCAAGCUCGUCCCUCCUUCCCCUUCACGCCCACAGUGCUUGUGGUCUUUAGACGCUGUCGGGUUCGGUUUCGAUUCCGAAACGAAUGACUACAAAGUCAUCAGGCAGGUGAAGGACGAAAAGGGUUCUUGUAAAUGCGGCUAUAUCUCAGAGGUUUACAGUUUAAGGAAUGAUUCGUGGACGAGAUUAGCCGAUGAUGAUGAUGAUGAUGAUGGUAAUGGCUAUUGCCCCUGUUUACCCUGUAUGCAAAUCCCACAAUGGAACAAGGGGAAGUUGUAUUGGUGGGGAUGGGACAAGGAUGCGAAGAGUUUAUCUUUCGAUUCGUUUGACAUUAGCAGCCAGGAGUUCGAAAAAGUUGAUCUGCCGAUUCCUGAUUCUGAGGUUCCUCAUAAUCAUGUGCACGAGAUACCGGACUAUCUGUUGAUGAUGGAGGAGUCCAUGGUUGCUCUGUUUCCCCUGGCCGCAAGCCCCAGGGCAGGGGAGAUAUGGGUGCUCUGCAAGUACUGGAUAGCAGAGUCUUGGACCAAAUGUAGUACUCUGAACCCUCUCCCCGGGACGAUCGUUGGCACCUUCGUCGGAAUUUCGAGGAAUUUGAAGUGGCUGUUUACGUCGUUAUGGAGCUCUGAUGCCUCCGACGAUGUGUCUCUCUCCCUCACUGCCAUUGAACCCAGGACGGGGAAAUUCUACGAUCUUGAUAUUAGCGGUCAUAUCGAAGAACUGCCGGUCACCGUCAAUUACACGCCGUCUCAAGUUUGUAUGCGUGAUUACUUCAUGUCGAGUUAAGAUCUGUUGGUUUUGCUCGACGGCGACUCACUUGCUAUGCAGCUUCAAAGAAAAGUCCUUGAGAGCAAGGUUUGACAUUGUACUCUCUAGACCAAUAACAUGUGGGUUGUUUGGGUAUAUCAGUAUAUGAAUUAUGCACAAGUUUUGGUUGAAUUGGAAGGUUUUUGGAUUGUCUCGAGAAUAGAUCGAAUUUCGUUUUGGAUAGAGUCUUCUGAAUCGAUAAAUAUACUAGAUCAUAGCAAUCAAGUAUAACUACUCUAUAGAAAAUCUCUUGAACUUUAGCAAAAAAAACUCUCUCUCUCUAACUUUCCUUUUCUCUGCCUUCUCUCUAAGUUAGAGUUCAGAUUCAAGCUUUCAUGGGCUGCCGUCGGCUUCCCUUUGGGACCGACGAUGGCCCUCCAACUCUUUUACCUUUCCUGCUUGUUAUUUUGCUUGGUUCCAUUUUCUUUUUCAGUGCAUGUUUCGUUUUUCCUUGUCCAAUUCUCCGUUUCGCCUUCAUGCCCAUCUUUGGGGUUUUCUUUCUGCCACUCCUUGUGAGAUGGAUGUCUCAUGUUCCAACCUCUACUUCUGAUCCUCAGAUUUAGAUGUGCUUGGUUCUUUCGCUCGGUGGUCAAAGGGGGCUAUAGAUCUUUGAUCGGUAGCUUGUCUUCUCAUCUUCUUACCUUUCAUCUACCUCCUUGCUUCACCCAUUGAGUCGGUGUUUCGGAGAUGCAAAUGCCUUCUCAUAUGCAGCGGUCUGGAUGCGGUUCUAAGAUGUUGAAGGCAAUGAUGCAUCAGUCUGAAGCUCGUCUCUUUUCUCCAAGCCUGUUCGUUGCCGUUUUCGUGAUCUCCGGGCUCCUCACGGACUGCUGUUCUCCCGUUGCGGCGUUGGUCCGGUCGCUGCAUGGUGAGCUAGUGGUCGACGAUUGGUUUUCGGCGGCUCUGUUCGUUUGGUUGGCGGCGGCAGGUUGGAGAAGAGAUGAUAGCUAGGGUUGGUGUUGGUAGUGUCUGUAGGGUUAAUUGGGCUCACUUUGCGGGCUCUGGGUUUUGGGCUUCAUUUUUUUGUUUCUUUUUGAAACAUUUGUUAGGGCUUUGUUUGUGGGCUUUUUUCCCUUUUGAUUUCUACUGUAUCUUUCCAUGUGUUUUACACUAAACUUUGUACUCACUUUUGAAGUGCAAUAUAUACAGCUAGGGGUGGAUUCGGUUCGGUUACAACCGAUAACCGAUUGGUCGAUUACCGGUUAACCGAACCACCAUCUCCCUCUACCAAACACCGACCGACGCCAAUGCCUCGGUUAACCAAUAACCGACCGGUCGAUUAUCGGUUAGUUGGUUGGUUAACCGAGAUAACCGAAAAAAUGAUGGUGGUUCGGUUUUAACCGGGUAAAAUUAUUAGAAUUGCCUAAAAUGAAAGGUUCUAACUUACAUUUCUACAUCUAAAUCACCAAAUUAAUGUCUCAAAUUCAACAAACAUAAAAUUAUAAACUUCAUAACCGGGUAUUUUCACAUCGUUUUGGUGAGGGGGAUGGUCGGUUAUUUUCGGUUAUUGUCGGUUAACUGGAUAACCGGUUUUCGGUUACUCGGUUAACCAAAUUACCAAUUAGGAGCUCCAACCACCGACUGAAGCAUAUAAUUUUUGGUUAUCGGUUAACCGGUAACCGCCGGUUAUCGGUUUAACCGGCCGGUUAACCGGCAACCGAUAACCGAACCUCCAGCCCUAUAUACAGCUUCUUGUAUAAAAAAAAAAAAAGUAUAACUACUCCAUGGAUACCAUUCAAUCUAAAUCUCAAGAAUGAAUGUGUGUUUAUAAA